CUGGCGGAUAUUCGAUUGUACAUCUCCACAGCUGUUUCAAUGGAUAAAGUAAAGCAGUGGUUUACACGAGAUGAUGAUGAACAAGGAAUAUUCACAGACGUCGAAAAUGGUUGUUCUUUGAGCUGGAGUACACGUAUAAAAGCGUUUAUCAUAUGCUUAGUAGUGGGUAUCGUGAUGUCACUAUUGGGAUCCUUAUGUUUGUGGUUGCCUGGAGCAGGUAUCACACUCUUUGCACUGUUUUAUACGCUUGGCAAUAUAUGUUCUUUGGGAAGCACGAUUUUCCUGAUGGGACCCGUAAAUCAGUUAAAGCGUAUGUUUCAGGAGACUAGAAUUUUCGCAGCAGUAAUCAUGCUGGUAAAGUCACCCUUCCACUAUUUUUUUACGUGAAAAUAAUGCAAUUCAGGUAUGUUUGGUUCUCACAAUCGUUUUCGCACUACUGGGACUUCGUCUCCUCUGCUUAAUAUUUUGCAUUCUCCAAUCGUUGGCGUUGACAUGGUAUUCACUCUCGUACAUCCCUUAUGCUAGGGAUGCAGUGAAACGAUUAUGUUCUUCAUGUGUUGGAUGAAUUCUCUUUCUUUAAAUAUAUAUCAGAUUAUGAAUAAUACUAUUUAUGUAAAAUUACAAAAAAAUCGACAACUACAUCAGACUAGUUUUCUUUUUGGUACUGUAUGUAACUGAUCUCUGGCGCCUGAAUUUGUAAUAUUCCUCGAUUGGUUCGAUGUACCUUUUUUUUAAUAAUCUUUUCAUUUUUGCAAUCUCUUUGAAUAUGACUAUGUUUUUCUUUUUGCUUAUCAUAAAUUAACAAACAAACAAAUGACAAAUUCCUAUGAAUUAAUCAUUUAUCUCCAUGUGAACAAUUUAUCCUUGUGAUUAACCAGUUUUUAUUGAUCGAUCAAUGUGCCUUCGAAAUUUUGAACCUUAGAUACUAACCAAAGAAUAUUAAUUCCUUUUUUAUAUAACAUUAUGAUGUGUGAUCUUGUAAUGUCGUAAUGACGACGUUAAGUUGUACUGUUGUGAUACAAGCUGAAAAGAAAGUAUGUUGUUUUAAGUCUUUAUCUGUUCUUUGUAUUUAUGCCAACAACAAAAAACCUCCGGUUCAAAUCCGA